UUUAUCAAUACUGGAUGUCUCUGAUAAUUGCUUGUAUGGGUACCUUCCAAAAAAAAUGGGAAUAUAUUUUCCAAAGUUGAGAGAUUUAAACAUGAGAAGAAAUGGUUUGAAUGGAAACAUUCCCUCUUCACUCGGAAAUAUGAGCUUAUUGACAAAAUUAGACUUAUCCGACAAUAAUUUAUCAGGUAGUAUACCAGAGCAGUUGAUCAUGGGUUGUAUCUCAUUAGAUGAACUUAUACUUUCAGAUAAUUCUUUGCAAGGACAAAUAUUUCCUGAGAGUGCUAACUUGGAAUAUUUGGAAAAAUUACUUCUGGAUGGUAAUCGAUUGAGCACAAGUAUACCAAAUAGUUUGUCUAACUGUACUAGUUUGACAAUAUUUGAUGUGAGUGGUAACCAUCUCUUUGGAAAUAUCCCAAAAUGGAUAGGAAAUAUGUCUUCUCUUGAAAUUUUAGAUCUUUCACUCAAUAGUAUCUCUGGAAGCUUACCAUCCAAUUUUUGCCCUAAUUCUUACCUAAGAGAAAUUUAUUUGGCAAAAAAUAAGCUGCAAGGAUCUCUCAGAAAUGUUUUUAGUGAUUGUUAUAGUUUGAAGGUGUUAGACAUAAGCCAUAAUAAGUUGAUAGGAAAAAUUCCAACAUGGAUUGUCAACAUUUCUACGUUGAGCUAUAUUUUGUUAAGUCAUAAUAAUUUUAUUGGUGAACUUCCAAUUAAAUUAUGUGGGUUACAAGAACUAAGUUUGAUUGAUUUUUCUCAUAAUAAUCUUUUUGGUCAUAUUCUCCCAUGUCUGACAUUGCAUAGUGAUUGGUCUAGAGAGCCUGAACUUCAACCUCCUUACCCAUCACCUAUGCAACCUUUAGAAUUUACAAAUAAAAAUGCAACUUAUUCUUACCAAUGGGAAACCCUCCUAUAUCUUUCAGGCAUUGAUUUCUCUUGUAACAAAUUUUCAGGAGAAAUUCCACCUGAAAUUGAAAAUCUUAGUGAAAUCCAAGUGUUGAAUUUGUCUCAUAACAUUUUGACUGGACCAAUUCCACAAACAUUUUCAAAUUUGAGGCAAAUCGAGAGUUUAGAUCUUUCUUAUAAUAAUUUGGAAGGAAAAAUUCCCUCUCAGCUUACUCAAUUAUAUUUUUUAGCAAUUUUUAGUGUAGCACAUAACAAUUUAUCUGGCAAGACACCUGAGAGGGUUGGUCAAUUUGCAACAUUUGAACAAGGCAGUUAUGAGGGAAAUUCUUUCCUCUGUGGAUUACCUCUUCCAAAGCCUUGCGAUACAACCACAUCUCCGCCACUGAUGCCAACAACUUCAACGGAUGAAAAAGAAGAAAAUGGCUUCAUCGACAUGGGUGUUUUCUAUGUGAGUUUUGUGGUAUCUUACAUCAUAGUAUUAUUGGGAAUAGUUGCAAUUUUGUAUAUAAAUCCAUAUUGGCGUCGAGUAUGGUUCUACUAUAUAGAAUUGACUACCACCAAUUGCUACUAUUUUUUUGUCGACAAUAUUUCUUUUGCACCUUUUGAUAUAUUAUAA